ACCUCCCCACCCCUAGCAUCUAGAUGCUAGCCCCCGGAGAUUUUAGAAUAUCAAAAGAUACCUAAUGUUUAGACACCACCCAAUACCCUAUGUUUGAACCAAAUGGCGGGUGUUUGAACCACAUGCCUUAGGCUUCAAAGAUAACUUUGAUGCGGUUUUAGCGCGAAAAAAUACGACACCACGCGAGUCAUACGGCUACAAAAGCUAAGCAAAACAGGUCCCCCUGUUAGCUUCGUUUUCGCGCAUUUACCCUACAGCAUUCCCCCAGGAAUAGUUAUCGGACGGACCCCGUUAAAAAAGAUCAUCUGGUAAAAACCCUCCUCAUGGAUAUUUCUCAAGAUUCUCAAACCUUCACUCAGAUUCUCCGAGAUAUAACUGAACUCGAACCGGCCGUAGGGUCUCCGGAACAAAUUGCUUACAUCCCAACGCCGACCCUGAAUUGUACGGAAAUACAUCCUAGAACGGGUGCCAUAGGGAGUCUACACGGUUUCUGUGAAGGAUAUGCCUACGAGACAAUUGUGCCCUACUCCCAGGAUGUAUUUACGCACAAGCCGCAAACAGAGACUUUAAACGGCCUGUCAACUCCCCUGACCCAGGACCGUUGGACGCCCCCUAUUAAACACCAACGGACAAUCAGGGCCCAGAUCCACAGGUCCGCUUCACCCGAACAAUACUACUGGGAGGGUAUUCACGAGACAGAGUUACAAGGACAAGGCUCACAAGCUACAGACCAGGCAGAUGCUAUAAUUAGGGUUGCCCAAAGACAUGUUCCCGAGUUCUCAGAGCUUCUUCAGAACAGCCCUCUUCAAAAAAGCCGAGCAUUUACCACAGCCUAUGCCCGACUUGAACUGUACACCCUCAUGGAACAGCUUCAGCGGCGGGUUCUUUACCACGACACAGACUCUGUGGUCUAUGUAAGCAAGCCGGGGGAUUGGAACCCCCCACUCAGCAACUAUCUUGGGGGUUUAACUAGUGAACUCGCCGAGGGUGACCAUAUCACAGAAUGGUCCUCAUGUGGGCCCAAAAGCUAUGCUUUUAGGACUAAAGACAAUCACGUGGUGUUGAAAGCCAAAGGCGUGACUCAAAACUACGAAAAUGCCCCGCGUGUGCAGGCCUGCGUCUUAAACCUGGGGGUCUCUUUUUUGGCCUUCGAGACAAUAUCAUAA